CGUCCUGCACGUCCUAGGGAAGCCGUGCCACGCAGACGAAUACACGAGCGGCGGCAAGAUGCCUCCCCACCCAGCACCUUGCCUCCUUCCCUCACAGAUCGCAUUCCACUUGAAGUCUUCGAACUCAUCAUCGACAAGAUGGAUAGACUCACAUUGAUCAACACGGCGCUGGUCUGUGCUAGGUGGUACCCUCGCGCUAUGCGCAACCUUUACUACACUGUCUUGCUCCUUGACCGUACGAGUUUCGACCUUCUAGCGAGACAGUCCCGCAGAUCUUCACGCGUCAAGAAAUGGCUUGCGACCACGCAUGAACUGGUCGCCGUAGACACCUACUCGCCCUUCCAUGAUCGAUCCCAGGACAAACGGAGAUAUCUCCAUGCGCUUCCGCUCGCCCUCGGCCGUGCAAUGUCUGGUGUGCAAGUGCUGGAAGUGGGCGGGUUCCACCCAUUCAUGCGCCCCGACUCUUUGCGAUCCCUGGAACAGUUCAACUCCGUCAGGUCGCUGGAUUUAACUGACUGCGCGCUGAGCAACCUGUCGCAGCUACGGCGAAUCAUAUCUUCCUUUCCGCAGCUUACAGACCUUGCGCUGCGCCAGAGGAUCAUCAGCCCGCGGCACCCUGACAGCCCUCAGGUGGCCGGCACACAACUGGAAUAUCAUUCGCAGUCCGACAUACGGAUCCUGUGUCUUGUGAUUCACGUGGACAGGUAUCAUGAGGAGUCGUACGAAGCCAUCAUCAACUGGCUGGUGUUUUCCGGAAUCUGCACCUCCUUGAACGAUUUGACCAUCUCCUGGAUUGACAAAUCGUCGCUAUGUGUCGCGUCGGUUGACGGGCUGCUCAAUGCAGCUGGUCCAUCUCUGCGUCGAUACUCGGAGUCUGCUUCGGACUCAGGUCAGGACUAUAUUCGUGCCAUCUGAUGUUGACGUCGUUAACACCCAUUUAGAUCGCCAUACCAGCCUCAUACACAACACCGUCCUGCGUUCCUUCGACUUCACGCUUCUCACCCUCUUGAGGUACAGCGACCGCUCAUUCCAUAACCUGGCCAAAGCGGCGGAUGAGCUCCAUGGUGUCCUCUCCACAGUCCACAAGCUCGCGCACCUCGAGAUUAGGUGCUGGAUCAGGCCCGAAGACCACGACCCGAGCGAUGAUGAGGAUCCACAACCUCGCUACUCGAACGGGCUUGAGCUCUACCUGCAGAGCCUGCACGAGCUCAUGAGCCAACAGCACUUCAGCGCGCUGG